AUGGAUCUUGUUGACCCCGAACCCGUCAUGUCCCCAGAGCCUGUUAUUGACCAUGACCCCGUUCUUGAUGAUGUCCCAGCCGUUGCACCGCCUGAUAUGGGUGCACCGGCCAUUGCACCUCUUGUUGAUGAUAUACCCAUUGCUGACUUUCCCCUUGUUGCACCACCAUUGGUGGAUGAUCCUGUUGUUGAUGCACCAUUACCUGAUACCGUGCCGGCUUUGAUUGACCGUGCACCAUUCGCCGCUCACAUAGAUCCUCGUUAUGCUGACACCCGCAACGGGUGGAUCGAGGAUGAUGACGAUUACCCACCGUUUGUGCUACCUGUCACCCCUCCCGUAGCACCUGUAUCUGCACCCACUGAUAUUCCGUUGUUUCACCCACACACCACUGACGUUCAUCGCACUGAUCUCCCCAUCACGUUCCUCCAGGACAUACCGCCACCUCGUCCUGGAGAGGGGUCAUCGAGGCAGCCGCCUGUUUCUAUUCCACCCGUACUGUCAUCAUCUUUUCCGUGUCUGUCACAGUUUCCUCAUGUUGUACCACCUACUGCACCAUAUUUCAUACCAUCGAGCGAGCCAUUUUUGUGGACUACGCCUCAUGUUAAGCCAUUAUCUGACCCGUACCACCCAUUUCAUGUGGGGUACACUACGGAGGAUAUACUUGCGUCGCUGCAGCUACAACAGGACGCGCUGAGCCGUCGUAUUUAG